AUGUUUGAAACGCUUCUUGCAGAAACCACCGAAGCGACAGCAGCACUUUCCAACAUGAAUAACAACCAUUCCACUACAUCAUUGGCCUCUUUGACUAGUCUCUAUUUUUUAGUGUUUGGUGUUCUCGGAGCUGUUUUUUAUUAUAUCAAAGACUCUUUAGAGGAUAUUGUACUGAGAGUUUUCUUUUAUCGAUUGGAAAUUUCAGAUUCAGAUGAAGAGUUUUAUUGGUUUUCUUGUUGGUUUUCAUUUCAUCCUUACACCAUGGAUGGCUCCUCUCAUGUCAGACCCUUUCAGAAAAAACUAGCCAAAGUGAAGGAGUAUGACGAGAGUCCCAGUGAGUUUGAUGGUUUUGACUUGGGACGAGAUGAAUCGUUUAAAAAGACAAAAUUUGUUCCUUCGUAUGGAUAUCAUGUGAUUUAUGUUGAAAAUGAUCCACUCAUUGUGCAUUUAUUUUCAUUUGUCAAUGAUCGUGGAAAUGCAUCCAAAGUGCGUGAAAGUGUUGAGAUUUAUAAGGCUAAAUUUCAAUUCAUUGAUACCAUUUUAAGGUACUUGUUUAAAUGCACGAAAGAAAAUAAUUGUCCAGAUCCAGUGACCAUGGCCAAGAAUUCGGGAUUGAAUACCUCCAUGAUUUUGACUAGUCGAUAUGAAUCGAGUCAUGCUGAGAAGAGCAAUAAGAAGAAGGAGUUGUCUCGACCCAUCACCUCCAAUAGCUUCUUUUUAGAAUUUAUUGCUAAUUGUUAUUAUAUUAAUACUGUGUUUAUGAAAGAGAAGACCACUAUUUUCUCAUCAAGCUAUGGAAGAUGGGCAGCCACUUGUGUGAAACACAAACGAAAAAAGGAGUCUGUCAUUUUGGAUAAGGGAGUUUGGGAAUCUUUAUAUUCUGAUGUGGAACAGUUUUUAAAUUCAAAAGAUUGGUAUUUCGAUUAUGGAAUUCCUUACCGACGAGGAUAUUUAUUAUAUGGACCUCCAGGAACUGGAAAAUCAAGCUGUGUGGCUUCACUUGCUGCUGCUUUCAAUUUGAAUAUUUGUUUGGUAAACUUGGCCUCUAGAGACUUGAACGAUGAAGAACUUGGAUAUUUGUUUUCGACAGCACCAUCCGAUGCCGUUAUUGUCAUGGAAGAUAUUGAUUCAUCCUUUGCCAAUGACGUGAUGGAUGCUUUGGCAACAAACAACGACAACAAUAAGGGAGAAAAUGAAUCAAAUUCCUCUGAAAAUGAUGAUAGUCAUUCCAAAAAGAAUGAGAACUCUUCAAUGACUGCUUGCAACAAUGUUAUUCCAACCAAGUCUCAAGUCACAUUUAGCGGAAUUUUGAAUGCUAUUGAUGGUAUUGCAGCCCAAGAGGGAAGAAUCAUUUUCAUGACCACCAACUUUAAGGAAAAACUUCCACCCUCCUUAAUUAGAAAUGGACGUAUUGAUAAGAAGAUUUUUAUUGGGCAUGCCACCGAAUAUCAAACCAAAGCUUACAUUCGAAAAUUCUAUGAAAAAUCAACCCAAGUCACACCACAAGAAUUUGAGGAUUUAAUAGAACGUUUUUGGGAUAAGGUCAAACAUAUGAAGAUUUGCAUGGCUCAACUUCAAGGUUUUUUAUUAUUGCAUCGAAAUAGUAUUGUUGAAUUGGUGGAAGCCGCAGACGAUUUUGAAAAAUUCAUGAACGAUAAAUAA